AAGUAACGACGACUAUGAAAUUCUUGUGAUAUUUUUUGUCGCCUAUGAUUGUGAAUGUGAUUGGUCGAUUAAGUCACGUGCCACCUGAUCCUGGUAAUGAGGACUCAUGGUCGGCCCGCUUAAAUAGGAGUGACAUGGGAAUAAGGUCAUUAAGAAUAACUUUACGAUUCGAGAAUGGACCACUUAAAGCCAAAAUUAUUAUUAAUUGUUAUGUCCGUUAUCAGUUCAGAACUAUUUACUGUUCUAAAUGGUUCUCCGAGUCCACAAGUGAAAUGUAAGGCUGCAGAACGAGAGUUUUUUGAUGACGUAGCUAUGACUCGUCACAAUUGCUCAGUCUGUUUCGCCAGAGAAGGGAGCAUGUUUUGGACCAAGUGUGUAUCGGUUUGCAAGUGUUAUAAGGCAGUCAUCACCAGGACUACACCUCGUGUGAGUCGAGUGCCACCCACAGUUUCAAUGUCAACUGAAGACACAGCUCCCCCUGGGACGAUAACUUUGACAACUACUCCCACCAAGCAAGCAACGUUAGUCCCAACUAACAUCGUCGUGGAAUAUCAGGAACGCAAAGAAGGAUUUAACUUCAGCGCCAUACUUAUCCCUGUUUCGAUGGCCCUAAUGGUAGUGUUCUUGUUGGGUCUAGCUAUAUUUUGCUUGUGCAGAAGGAACCGCCGUCGCCGUUCUACUACUCAAGAACGCGUUCAUAAAGGUUGCUUUGAAAGAAUUGUCAAAGUGUCAAUACCGGAGACUGGACAAGGGGAGACAAGUUACACUGAGGACCAAGGUCACGUGAGAAGUAAAGAACCUAAUCACGUGACUGGACGUGCACCGACAUUCCCACCAUCUAGCGGUUGCGACGCCGGAAUGAUGGGUUGAAAUAGUAACUUUUCUAGUUUUCUAGUAAUGUAAUUUUAGUGACAAAGUACCAAAUCCUGGUUCACGCUUUUACUACUUGCCAGCUUGAUAAUCCAUGUGCGGAGAGAUUAAGGCUAUUUAUUAUAUAAGUGUUAUGGGAUGACCGCUCUCGGUACGAGCCCCAGGAUCUUUAUUCUACUUUCUGUGUUCUCUGUGCGUUCUCUGUAAGUUCAACUAAUUACUUGAGCUCUAUUUACAAUAACUCUAUGACAGGUGUCAGUCUUUGAUUGAUUAGCUAAAAGAAUAAGUAAAUUCCUAAGUGUGUUAUCUCAAUAACGAGUAAUACGAGUGAAAAUCUUGGAAUUAAAUAUAGCUUAAACUAAAGUUAAUGCAGUCGACUCUCUUUGAACGACCACUCUCGUAAGCGACCAUCUCCCUUAUGCGACCACCUUUUGAAUUUCCCGUUUUGUUUCCUAUAUAAACUCUGUAAGAAAAACUCUUUCAUAAACGACCGCGACCACCUUUGGGGUUAAAAUUUUGGAAUUUUUCAUUGUUUUUCCUCUCCCGCAUAUUAACAGCACAUAAUACAGUACCAUGUGUGUUAAAAGAUUUCUAUUGUUAUUGUAGUAAGAGAUCAUUAGAAAUACAGUAAUUUACCUCAUAUUGACAAUUACAGUACUGUUAACAUAUAGCACAUUCAGAGUUUUGAUUAAAACAGUUUAAUCGUUGA